UUCUUUUUUGUUUUUUUGUUUUUGUUUUUUUCAUUUUACAGAGGUUUGGAUGCUUCCUAGACUGAUCUGUACUAUAAUUCUAAUCGUGAAUUACUUUUUCAAACCAAGGAACUCACUGAUGCUCGCGAGAUGGUUCGUGCCGAGAUCCAAGCGAGCUCGUGCUUUGAGUCCGGCAGCUGACGAUCAGAAGGAUAAUAUGGAUCAGUCUAGGUUUAAGCUCCCUCUGUACACGAUAUUUGGACUGCUAUCGGCACUGGUUGAAAUGAGGGAUCUGACAAAAACAUGCUUAGCAUGAUCAUAAUCAUUAUUUUCCUUUUUAUGUUUCAUUUGGAGGUUUCAUGUUUUCAUUUGGACUUUUCAUUUGGACUUUUCAUUUGUUGUCAUCAAGAUUGACCAAGUACUGAUU